CGCGACUUCAGUCUCGAGCCAAUCGAUUCGCGUAAUCAUAAUGCGAAGUUAUAUUGUAUCACUCGUAAAAUUGUACGAGAUUAACCAGAGUUGAAAAAAUGAUUUUAUACAGUAACAACAGAUUUGUCAAUGAGACAAAGUUCCACACGUAAUUUUCAGAUCACAGAAACGUACAACCCACAACUUUUAUCUGAUUGUUCCGCUGAACUUUUGCAUUGAAGUUGUCGAAUAUUAUCAAAUUAAUAACCAAAAAAAAGAAACUAACAUCUUGUCACAUGCAAAUUCCGCUCAAACGUGAAAUGUUUUGCUCUCGAGCAAAGACCAGACGUAAACACAUUCUGAAUGCCACCGUGGGACGGUAUUAUCGACACUUGGUGAAUAAUCAAUCCCAUCGUCGAAAGUGAUGAAACGAUCGUACGACCGUUUGUUUCACAAACUUGAACCGCUUCCGCGAGAAGGCUGUCGGCGAACUCGAUCGACUACGUUAAAGCAUAAAUAAUUAACGAUUGAUCACGUGGCUGAGUCGAACCAUGAGCUGCAACGUGAUGCCUUUGAAGAAGUACGCGGAAAUUAGCUACCGCGUGAAAUGCGUGGCCGUAGAAAAUGAGCGCGUGUUUGGCGACGUGUAUGUCACUCAACAGACACGAAAUUUGCUGUACUGCGCGGAUGGUUAUCAGUUUCCAUCGUUGUACAGCAGGAGGAAACGCAAUCUGAUUCACAGGCCAUGGAAGGGCCCGGAUUUCAUGGAACUGAAUCGGAAAAAGCAGGUCAGAAGGGCUAGUUGCGUGCCGGAUAAGGUAGAGGGAAAAUGUUUGAAGAGAUCGAAAUCGGUGGGCGACGCGUGGGACGUGAGGGGCAGCGAUUGUAAAAAUACUAACAACGUGAAAGAUAAGAGUGACAUUUAUAGGCCGAAGACGUAUCCAUCACCGUUACCGAAUCCUCCCGAAAAGAAGGAAGGAGCUGUGUCUUCUUUAGUUGAUCAAUUAUUGCUAGAAAUAUAUGGGAUGCCAGACGGUGAGAGAAGACGAUCGGAUAGCGACUCGACAGCUUCAUCCCUGAGGAUACGUCCGCAGCAUCAGCACCUACAAAAGGCGCGUCUGCUGUGGAAAAGUAAGAGUAAUUCAAUAAGAGUUGGAUACAUCAGCGAGGAGGGGGGGGAAGGUGGGAGGGAAGAAUAG